UCUAUGGUACCGCCAAAUCGUAUUUACAAAUCAUUCUAUUUAUUGCUUUCAUGAAUGAAUAUCAUUUAGACAUUGUGAACGUGUUAGAGAAAGACUUCGAUUUAUUUGUAUGUUGAGCAAAAAGUCAUCAUUUCUUUCUAAAUAAUCUGCAUAUUAUUUCUUUUAUUAUUCGAAAUGUAAUACUUUUGAGAUUGACAAUCGAAUUAGUAUGAUAAAUUAUAAUAUGGACCGCCGUCUGUAGUUUUUCUUUCUUUAACCUUAAUGAUAAAUUCUAAGGGCACGUGCGGUAUCCGAAAUCUGAUACUGAUACACGGUAUGCUACGCACUAACCCCGCAAUUGACUGCUUGAUCGAAAAAGUGCAUUGUUCAUUAGUGAAUGGGCAGGUACGAAUGUUAUUGUUGAUUAUGACAUGUUAAUUGCUUUCAUUAUCUCAAGUUGUUGAUUUAUCAGUUAAUUCAUCUGCCCAUCGAUUUAUCCUUACCGCCUUUUCUAGAGCCAGAAGAACGAACUAGGCUGAUACGAAACUCUGCCCUGCUUCAAACUUGAUUUAAUUAUUUCUAUUAAAUGGAAUGAUAGAAGGUUAGAUCCUCACUCAUAACGAAUAACUGGACAGCAGUAUGGAAUUUCGAAUUUUCAACUAAAUCAGCUAAAGAGAAUUGUACAGAUAAGCUUAAUGAAACACGAUCUGCUAUGAUUCUUCCAGCUGCUCGUAUUUUGAAGCAAAAACCCAGUAUUUGGGUGGAAAUUAAUCAUGCAGUGGCUAAAUACAAACCGGUCAAUUUAGGUCAGGGUUUUCCGGACAUUCUUCCAAAACAACAUGUUCUUGAAAGUUUAACCAUGCUUGGAAAACCCGAUGUUAGCCCAUUUCUUCAUCAAUACACUAGAUCUAUGGGUCAUCCGCGUUUAGUGAAUGUAUUAUCUAAACUGUAUACAAGUUUUUUAAGAUGUGAUCGUAAACUGUAUGGUGAAUCUGGGAGUCUUCAAGUAGACUCGUUUGGACCAGACAGAGAAAUUGAUCCUUUAAAAGAAGUUAUUAUUACCGUUGGUGCUUAUGGUUCGCUUUUUACGGCUAUUUCAGCAUUAGUUAAUCCUGAUGA